GGGUCUUACGGAGUUCCCCGCGUUGGAGCUUGGAACUGUGUUCUCUACCUAGCUAUUAUUAUUGCUUUCACUAGACCAAGCUAGAAAUCGAUGGCUUCCAUUAUGUAUAUGCGAUCGCAUUGAUCCCCAGACUUCAUCUACAGAAUUAGAUCACGAAUUGAUCCAGAGACCGCGUCUUCGUACCAAACUGCAAUAGAAGAGCCAUCCGCGAUAAGCAUUUCCCAGUCUAGACAUGAUGAUAAAGCGCAUUAUUCUACCCUCAAUUGAAUCGACACCCUGCCUUUCUUGAAUCCCACAAGUAACCUCCCAUAAGCUACGAGGGCAGCUCUACACACACACACACCAGAAACAGAAUGACCUGGAACUCCCCCUUCGCAUCAACCGUCGCCAGUCCCGGCAAAGGCGAAGUCGUCCUAUCUCUACUUCCUCCCUCCAUCCCGACCCUCGAGACCUUAACGUACAAAUACCCCCUGAAGCUCCUAUCUCGUGCUGUCGGAUUCACACCGGAGUCCUCCGUAUUACCACCAUGCGCCGCCACGAGGCCUAUCCAUCUCUACCUCCUCACUUAUGGCGGAGGUUUACUUCCAGGGGAUCAGAUCGAUGUUUCGAUAACGCUGCAUCCGCGCACGAGACUGGUCGUGACGACACCGCAGGGUAGCACGAAGAUAUUCAAGACUGCGUCCGACGAUGGGAGGAGGGCACAACGAUCGAAAGAGAAGGACGAUAUGAGCAGACAGGUGUUGGAUGUUCGAAUUGGAAGCCAGGCUGCUCUCUGCUACUUGCCUGAUCCCACUGCUCCGUUUAAGGAUAGUCGGUAUGAGCAGAUUCAGCGGUUCACGGUCGAUGGGGAUGUAAUGGGCAAUGAACGGAGUAGUCUCUGCGUGCUGGACUGGGUGACACAAGGGCGGACAUCGCGGGGGGAGGACUGGGACUUUCAUUUCUGGAAGGGGAAAAAUGAGGUCUGGUCUGUGGAUGGGAAUGGCGAGAAGAGGAGACUCCUGUUGCGGGAUUCAGUCAUUCUCGAUGACGAGAUGAGGCCUGGUGUGGAUGUUGAGGAGGGUGAGGAGACUAAUAAUAAUACCCUCAUCCGUGAACGGACUCGACCCCAUGGUAUUGUGGGAACGUUGAUUCUCUACGGACCUGUAUUUGAUCACCUCGCAUCCUUUAUCAUGGAGGCGUUCACGUCGCAGCCUCGUAUCGGUGGUCGAAACUGGUCAUCGUCCGCGACUGAUGACCGUCCACCAGAGACGAAGGUCCAGCAAUACGACGUGACCUGGACGGCCGCGCGGGUGCGGGCUGGAUUCGUGCUGGUGAAGUUUGGAGCUAAAGAUUUUGAGACAGCCAGGGACUGGUUGGGAAGUAUCAUUCGGGAGGAAGGCAGUAUCAUCAGGGAGUUUGGAGAAGAGGCCUUGUUCUGUUUGUAGACUUUCUGAUCUACUCAUCUGGACGUUGAGAGGAGGAUGCUGUUGUUUGAUGCGAUUCCAGUAAUCGAUAGAUACCCUAUAUAUAUUAUAUUAUGCCGCAAUAUUGACCACAGGCAGCCUGAGUACGG